AUCGCGUUUCAGUUGGAGUUUUGCUGUCCAUCGGCGCGGUUCAAUCUUUGGCUGGAAGCUCCUGCGCUCCUCGUCCCGAUCCCCAAGAGCUCUUUCUCUUUUGCAACUGCAGCACUUUGCAAUUUUAAUUACCUGCAAGGCGGUUCGACCAGAAAACAAAAAAACAGGAAAAAUAUGGGACAAGUCAAGAAAGCCACCUCUGCGCUGAGCAAGCUCUUCGUUUACGGAGCCCUCAAGUACGGACAGCCAAGCAACUCGAUCCUCGCCAGCACUGGCAACGGACAUGCCAAGUUCUGGUGCAAGGCCACCACCACCCAGAAGCUUCCGCUGGUGAUCGCCACCCGGUACAACAUUCCCUUCCUGCUGAACAAGCCCGGCGUGGGGUAUUACGUAACCGGCGAGAUCUACGAGGUGGACGAUCGCAUGCUCAACUCCCUGGACAACCUGGAGGACUGCGAGGAUAUCUACACGCGCGAGAAGCAGGACAUGAACAUUGGCGUGGGCGAGGGCACCGUUCCCUGCUGGGUUUACCUGCUGCAGAAGUACCCGGAGAAGCUGCUUAACCUGCCGUACCUGUCCAGCUACGAGAACUCUACCACGCAUCCGUACAUCAUGCGCCACCGCCGCACCCACAAGCACCCGGCGCAGGACGACCUUAGCUACGAGGCCCAGAACUAAGCAUCUGAGCUCCCUCGAGGGGAGUGGCCACUAUUCUUAUGUUACCGGUAGUUGCAUUUCUAGACCGUACACGCCCAGGUGUACGGAUCUUUAUAUACGCGCUUAUAUUGGCAAUUGAUAUACACACUGAUAUCCGAUGUACCAUAUGCAUUAUUUAGAUUUUAGCGAACUUAGUUUGUAAUUAAAAAGAAUAAAAAUAAACUGAAGCAAUUCAAGGGAAAA